CAAUAUUCCAGAGUUCCCAUCAGGUUUCUUCUUUUUCAACAAAACGAGAUCUACUACGAGAGACAUCAUGCUUUCUUCGGCAACUUUAGCGUUCGUCGCUCUAGUCAGCAUAUUUGGUGGUGAUGCUUCGAUGGCAGCCUCAGUAGAAUACGAUGGUUGGACUUUCGAAUAUUCUAUAUUCGAUCCCUACCACGCAAUGAAGCCCCUUUCACCCCAGGAAAUUCCUCCCGUAAUGAGACUCUUCACCGUGAAUGCAGCAGGCGGCGAAGGGCAGAUUCUUGAUCGCAACCAUCCCGAGACCAUUAUGUAUUCAGACUUCAGGGCUGAUCGAGACACCAAAGUCAUCAUCCAUGGCUACACCGAGAACGGGUUAAGAGACCAGUACGUGAAGAUGAAAGACGCGUACCUAGGGGCAACUGAUGUGAACGUGAUCAUCGUAGAUUGGCGCCUCGGAGCUGAUGGUAGCUACUUUCAGAGCCGUGCCAACACGCGCGUGAUCGGCAAGGAGACGGCGGCCUUCCUCCACGCGCUGAAGACCACAGCUCAAACCGACUUCAACAAGAUUCACAUUGUCGGCCACAGCCUUGGUUCCCAUGUCGCCGGGUACGCCGGGGAAGCGUUGAUCCAGGAUUACCAAGAGAUGGUUGCCAGAAUCACAGGUCUGGACCCUGCUGGUCCGUUGUUUGGUGGAUACGGUGUGAAGUCUAACUACAGACUGGAUAAGACCGAUGCUGCCUUUGUAGAUGUCAUCCAUACUGAUGGGGAUUUCGCUGCUGUUGGAGGAAUGGGCCUUAUGGAUCAGCUCGGUCAUCAAGAUUUCUACCCGAAUGGCGGGAAAGACAUGUCUGGGUGUGACCCGACCGUUCAUAAUGUCAUCGACAGUGCGUUUUGUGACCACAUACUCUCCGUCGAAUACUUUACGAAUACCAUACCAAGUCCCGGUCGUUAUGCAACUACCUCCUAUGCUCAGAGCUUCUUCGAUAGACUAAUCAAUGGAGUCGAUUAUCAAGAUUGCAAGCAGCCAUGCCCUGAAAUGGGUGAACAUGCUAAGCCUGGCCGAGAGGGGGCGUUCUACGUCAAGGUCGAAUGACUCGGAGAAGAGUACUAAACUUCUUCAUCUUUUCUCACAAAUACUAAAUUAUCUGUCAAGUGAUUCACUCUGUAGACUAGCUUGGGAUGUGUAAACCUUCAAGUUUUUCUCUUGUUGGAAAUUUGUACAAAAUUACAAUGUUUUAAAUUCAACGGAAGGGGGGGGGGGCGGGGGCGUGGAUUUAUACCUUCAGAUAAUCUGCGUUCUCCAUUUGCAGCCAUUUAGUGAUAUAGACGAUAAGAUUUUGAAAGAAUUUGUAAUAGAAUUGUAUAUAAGUAUUCCAAUAUGUAAAAUGUUAAUGAGUAAGGAUGAAUAGUCAUGCGAUUAGUAUAAUCUGAAUUUCAAGGGAUUUCACGCUUCUUUGGAGGGGGAGGGGGGGGGCUAAAUCGGCUCAAAAUCAGUGAUGUCAGACCAGUAGUGCGGUUGUCGACGAGUUGAAGCCGAUUCUGCUUUUAUUUUGACUAGAUGAGUUAAAUGGACUAAAAUUUCCGUAGUUAAUAAUCAUAUAAUUCUUAAGAACCUCUCAACGAAAAUCGGAUCGCAGGAGAAUCGUGUUGAUGAUUGAAAUAUCCGACGUUUUAAUGAGCCUAAGUAACUGUGUCAACUAAUUGUAGCUGCCAAUAAAAUUGAUUUAAAAGCA